CAAUUCCCAUUUGAGAGAUGGAUCCAAGCUCGGCCUCAGGCUCAUCCUCAUCUCGUGGGCCUGCAAGCUUCUCAACUCAGGCCGACGCUCUCCUCAGAAAGAAUCUCAUCUUUCAGAAACGCAAUACGAAGACCAAUGCCUGCAUAAUCUCAUACCCAUUAGUGCUCUGCAUCAUUAUUGUCAUCAUUCAAGUCAUCGUUAAUAAAGAACUCGAUAAGCCCAAGAAUCGUUGCGGCUGCAAAUGCAUUCCCACUAACAGCAGUGGCCGAUGUGAGGAGGUUUGUGGGAUUCAAUACUCGGAUGCGAUUCAAGCAGAGACAUGUGCGGUUCCGAGCCCACCAAGAUGGCCGGCCCUGAUGCAGGUUCCUCGGCCUGAAUAUCGGGCUGUGAGGUCAGGCUCAGUUUGGGCCCAGGACUUUCCAGAUAGGUCCUGUAGGAUGACGGGAUCAUGCCCGGCGACUUUGCUAUAUACCGGCAAGAACAAAUCUCUUGCAGAAAGUUUGGCUGGGAACUUUCUUCCGGAGAUCUCCUCAUUGAAUUUCUCUGACUAUCUUAAUGCUCUUUCGAACAUCAUUCCAGGAACAGAUGCACCAACAAGUCUAACAGAAUUUAUUGAGAAUGCCUUUGUCUCAGAUAGACCUCUAUAUGUGCUUCAGCCCAGGUGUAGUGGGGAUUCUGUUGUUUCUCUUGAUAUUGAAGUUUCUGGUAUUGACCUUCAGCAAGAAGUGAGAUGUGUCCAAGGCCUACCUUUAUGGCGUGAUAAUACGUCAGUGAUAAAUGAUGAGCUUUUUAAGGGUUAUUGGAAAGCAAAUACGGUGGAGAACACAAAUGAAUUUCUUGCAGCUUAUGACUUCUUAGAAUCUAACGAGAAUAGAUUCAGUGUCGACGUCUGGUACAACUCAACUUACAAAAAUUAUACUAAUGAUUUUACCCCUCCUGCAUUGUUGCGUGUUCCCCGCUCAUUGAAUUUGGCAUCCAAUGCGUUCCUCAAGUUCGUGAGAGGUACCGGAAUGAUGAUGCAGCUUGAAUAUGUAAAAGAAAUGCCCCAACCAGCUAAAAAAAUUAGGCUGGACUUUUCCUCUCUUCUUGGUCCUUUAUUUUUUACAUGGGUCAUUCAGUUGCUCUUUCCGGUUAUAUUGACGUACAUAGUUUACGACAAACAACACAAAUUGAAAAUUAUGAUGAAAAUGCAUGGGCUUAAAGAUAGUCCUUACUGGAUAAUAUCGCAUGCUUAUUUCUUUGCCAUGUCGUUAUUUUACAUGCUGUGCUUCGUGAUGUUUGGUACUGUCAUAGGCUUAAAGUUCUUCACAUUGAAUGACUACAGCAUACAGUUUGUGUUCUAUGUCAUUUACAUAAACUUGCAGAUUGCAUUCGCCUUUCUUGUUUCAGUCUCUUUCUCUGAUACAAAGACUGCUACAGUAAGUGCAUACAUAUAUGUAUUCGGAUCGGGCUUACUAGGACGAUUUCUCUUGCAGAAUUUUGUUGAAGAUACUUCCUUCCCAAAAGCUUGGAUUGUAGUCUUGGAGUUUGUCCCGGCUUUUUCCUUGUACCGUGGGCUAUAUGAAUUUGGAGAGUAUGCGUUCACGGGAAAUCUUAUGGGAACUAAUGGUAUGCGGUGGAGAAAUAUAAAUGACAGUCAGAAUGGAAUGAAAGGUGUUCUUAUUGUCAUGACUGCUGAAUGCAUAGUAUUGCUUCCAUUUGCAUAUUAUCUGCAUCAGAUGUCAUCGCCUGCUGGAGGAAUUAAAAGUCCUCUGUUUUUUCUGCAAUGUUUGCGAAAGAGACGAUCACCGUCUUUCCGUAAACCUAGUUUGCAGCGAGACACGUCCAAGGUUUUUGUCGAUAUGGAGAGGCCUGAUGUUGCUCAAGAAAGAGAAGUGGUUGAGAAAUUGAUGAUGGAACCUAGCAAUACUCACACCAUUGUCUGUGAUAAUCUCAAUAAAGUGUAUCCAGGAAAAGACGGAAAUCCUCCCAAGUUUGCAGUUAAAGGAUUAUCUCUUGCUAUUUCUCGGGGUGAAUGUUUCGGGAUGCUAGGCCCGAAUGGUGCUGGAAAGACUUCAUUCAUCAACAUGAUGAUUGGGCUCAUAUCCCCAAGCUCUGGCACUGCACUAGUUCAGGGGCUAGACAUCCAGUCCAACAUGGUUGAAAUAUACUCAAACAUGGGCGUAUGCCCACAACAUGAUUUGCUGUGGGAAAGAUUAACAGGCAGAGAGCAUCUAAUGUUUUAUGGUCGGUUGAAGAAUCUGAAAGGUGUUGCAUUGAUGCAGGCAGUUGAUGAAUCUUUGAAGAACGUAAAUCUAUAUUAUGGUGGGGUUGGUGACAAACAAGCUGGUCAAUACAGUGGUGGCAUGAAGAGGAGGCUCAGUGUUGCCAUCUCACUUAUCGGUGAUCCUAAAGUCGUAUACAUGGACGAACCAAGUACUGGAUUAGACCCAGCAUCAAGAAAAAACUUAUGGGACGUUGUGAAGAAAGCAAAAACUGACCGCGCAAUAAUCCUAACUACACAUUCAAUGGAAGAGGCAGAAGUUCUAUGUGACCGUUUGGGCAUCCUUGUUGGUGGAAAUGUUCAGUGUAUAGGAAAUCCAAAAGAGCUGAAGGCCAGGUAUGGAGGAAGCUACAUAUUCACAAUGACAACAUCCUCAAAUGAAGAGGAAGAGGUAGAAAUCUUAGCUAGAGGACUCUCUCCGAAUGCAAAAAAGAUAUAUCACAUGUCAGGAACUCAGAAGUUCGAACUGCCAAAGCAAGAGGUUAGAAUUGCCGAUGUUUUUAGAGCAGUGGAGAGAGCAAAGAGCAAGUUCAACAUACAAGCCUGGGGUCUGGCUGAUACAACAUUGGAGGAUGUCUUCAUUAAGGUUGCCAUAGGAGAGCAGCCUUGUGAUGAGCUCUCAUGAUUUUGAUGUCUCAAAUAGUUUGUGUACAUAUAUAUGUUUUAGUAAUUUUUAUACUUACAGUUUUAAACUUACAACUCUCGGUUAUAGAUAAAUGAAUUACAUGCAUAUCAUAUUAUAUUAUUUCAUUUAUCUUAUUUUUCUGUAUUUUGUCAAUGGACUGAAAGUUGUAUUAAUU